AUGCAUAAUCACUUGGAUCUGCAACGCCGACAGCAGAAUGGAACCGCUUCGGCUUCAGGUUCUGCGACAGUCUCUGGCUCGGCAUCCCUCGUGAAUGGGAGCACCCCAUUGCCAUCCGUCUCGGCGGGAGCUCCUCCUGGGGCAAUCACUAUAACCAUGCCUCCCAUCCAGUCGACCUCUUACUACAAACUUGCCCCCAGCGAAUAUAUUACGUUUGGGUGGAACUUUUCAAGCAUCAGUGUGGCACCCACCUCCCUCACCGUUGCAGCAGUAGGUGCAAAUGGGUACACAUACCCCGUGGGCCCAACCGACGGUGUCAUUCCGGGAAACGCUCAGAGCGUGGUGUGGUAUCCAUAUGGCUACCAGACCGCAGACCCUAGCCUUCCGCUGGUUCAGGCAAGCUACACUCUUCAUAUUUGGGGCGAUGGCGGCCCUAGCGCAGUGCCCACACCUGGUUACCUGGCUCCAUACAGCGGGCUUGUGUUCGCUAUAUAUACGCCACAGGCGUACACGCCAUUGACUAGUGGGUGGCAAUGUGCCGGAUGCUCAGGAGCGUUACCUCAGCUCAAAAUAGACUCUGCUCUUCCUGGUGUCGUCGCGAUGAUUGUCAUCAUGCUACUCUCUGGGUUCACUACCCUCCGCCGGGUUUGGGACUGA